UCAAUUUGUUGUAUUGAUUUUUGGACUAACGGACGAACUAUCAUUAUAAACUUCGAAUGUGUUUGCUAAAGGUGCUUUAAAACAAAUCUAUGAAACACUGGAUAAUAUUGCAAGCGUAUUAAUAUAAAUACAAACAAUAUGAUGCCGAUGGGGUGGAACCAAAUACGACAAGCAAAAGUUGCUGAUGUCCAAGGGCAAAUGAGGCACAAUCAUAUGGGUCAGAAUCAGCAUCAACAGUAUAGUCACCAUCAACAAAUGAAUCCCCAUCCAAUGAUGAUGCACAAUCAACAAGCUCCAUCCUUUGAUUGGAAUCAACAGCAUAUGAUGCAUCAACAACAAAUGUAUUCUCAUCCUAUGAUGGGACAUUUUGGAAUGCAAAAUCCACAAAUGAUGAUGGGAAUUGCAGACAAACCACCAGAGCCAUCAGAACCUCCUCCUCCAUCACCACCUGCUCCAUUACCCAAUGACGAACCCCCUCCAGCUCCCCCUGCUGCUGAGCAGAAGUGGUGGGAAUCUGAAAUGCGGAAUUUGCAAAAUAUGCAUCAUAGAAAUGAAUUGGAACGAUUAUCUGGUGAAAAAUGGUUUCAAAGUAUGAAUACAAGUCAGCAGAUUGAAUGUUGGCAACACAAACUGCAACUUAUUAAUAAGGAGAAAAAAGUGCAAAACAAUAAUGCAAUUCACAAUGAACAAGUGAUAUCGACUUCAUCACAAAGCAUUCCUCAAUCAUCUAGAACAGCUAUUGUUCCUGCACCUUCAGUCUCCGCUCCUUCACCUAUUAGACCCCAACCUCCUAUGCAACAGACUGGUGAUGUUGAACAAGACCUGAUGAAAGCUAGACAAGAAGAGGAAAAUAUUAAACAACAAGUUCUGACAUUUGAAAGGCAAUAUGGAGAAUGGAGAAAGCAGUUUGAGGAUUGGAAAGAUAAACAUAAAGCUCAUCCUAAUAAAGAACAAUUUGCACAGUACGAAAACCAGUGGAUGACCUGGCAGAAGCAAAUGUCUGAUCAGAAAAAACAAUUCGACGAUAAUUUAGCAUCGAUAAGAGCUCAAAUUAAUAGUUUGGAGCAGCAGAAAAACUUAUCAGCACAACCGAAGUCUGUACCUAAUAUACCAGGACAACAAAUUUCUGAGCAAAAUCCCAGAUAUCCAUUUCAACAACAGCAAGUCCCAAGACAAUGGAUGGAUCAGAAUCAACAAAAAUUCAACCGAUCUUUUGGUGCAAUGGAGCAGAGACCACGACUUGACUUUAAUCAGAGUGGAAAUCAAGAUUUUGGUUAUGAUAAUAACCAACAAUUUGGCAAUAACCAGCGGUUUGAAGGACAACGCUUCGAAAAUAAUCAAACCAAUAUGGCCACUAAACAAGGGCCUAGGUUUUCAGCACCUGGUGCUAUGGACAAUAGUUCAUUUCAAAAUCCUACUCCCAGAUUUGAUACUCCUGGGGCAUAUAAUGAAAAUCGUGGGCAAAGACCCCGGUUUGGAAGUGAUAUGGGUCGCAAAGGUCAGUUCUCAGCUAAUUCAGGUGCUCCAAGAUUUCGAAACCGCGCCCCUCCACCACCCCCAUCUGAAGAAGAAUAUUUUGAAGAGGAAAAUAAUGAAUUUGAACCUCCAUUGCAUCAAAACCAGGGAAUGAGAGGUCCUCGACCUGGUUUCAGGCCUGGGUUUGGUCAGAGAGGCCGUGGGAUGGGAGGAAAUCGAUUUGAUGGACCAAGACAAUUACGGCCUGGUUUUUCACAUGAUGCAAGAUUCAGAGGACCAAGACCCAGAUUCUCAGGUCACCAAUCACGUUUACCUGGACCAAGAGGACCGAGGCCGCCCAGAUAUGGUCGUCCAGACAUGACAUCGUAUAAUGAAGAAGAUAUUGGAAAUGAAGAACAGUAUUAUGACAAUGAGGGAUUCAAUAGUCAGAACAGAAAUAAUACAGCCAACUCUGGUUUCGAUGAAGACACUUUCGAUUCAAAUAACUUUUUUCAAGGCGAUGAAAAUUAUAAUGAACAAGUAGAGGAUGGAACGCCUGGACCUUCAAGAUUGCAAAAUAAAGAUAAUAACAAGAGAGGCAGAGGGAGAGGGCGUGGCACAGAGACAGCAGAUUAUAAAGUCACAAGAAAUAUGGUACCAAUGAGCUUUGGAGCCAGCAAACGUAAUAAGACAACGAAUCGUUUAGAUACAUUUACAAUGCAUGAUGCUAAAACCAAUCAAGAAGGUGCACCAUCUUUCACAACUGACAUUAAUACAUCAAAGAUUAAUCCUGAAGAUGAUUAUUCACAUUAUAUGGAAGAAUAUGAAAGUUCUCCUGCUCCUGAAAAUCAAGCUAGAUCUGGCAGAGGUUUGGCUCACUUGCUCAGAGGCAGGGGAUCACUUCUGGGUAGAGGAUCUGCCCGUGGCAGGGGUCGUGACGAUUAUGGACCGAAUCGGGGCAGGAGUAGAGGUUUCGCUGGUCGAGGUAGGAGCAUGGGGGAAUCAAUUGGUGAUGAAAUUACGCCAGCUAAUAAGUUGAUAAAUGAAAAAGGACAAUUUAAUGAGGGAUUGAUGAAAAGAUUAUCUGCAAUGGCUGGUAUUCCGAGUGCUAACACUGACACGUCCAGCAUCAAACACGAAAUGCCUACCAAGCCACAAGACGGUACUGAUAAUGAUGCACAACCAACUACUUCUACAUCUGGACCAAUUAACUCUGAAACAAUCAUGCAAAAAGCGAAAGAAUUGAGUACUUUAGAUAUAAAAAAUUUAUUGUCUGCUGUUAAGACUUUCAAGAAUCCAUCAGAUACUGUCAAAACUGAGUCUCCAGAUAUGGAGGGUUUGAAGAUACCAGAAUUAGCUCCGACAGCCAGGAGAAACGAAGAAUACAGCGACUCACAAAUGAAUUUUGACGAAGCUGCUUACACUGCCUAUGAGGAACAUUAUAACAGACUUGCAAGAGAGAUUGAUUCUGCAGGUUCUUCUGCUGCUGCUAAAUCACUAUCCACUGAUGCUCCUCUCACUGAAGCUGAAUUGGUUGCUGCUGGCCUCGAUCCUGUGUCCCUGGGUUUACGCGAUGAGGACUUACUAUUGCAAGAAUAUUUAUAUGAUCCAAUGUUACAACGUGGAGGAAUUAGAGAUCCUUUGCUUGAUCCGUACCUUGAGCAAGAACUACUUCUACGUGAACUUCGAGAUAGAGAAGCUCUUAGAAGAAAAGCUGAGUUAGCUCGACGGGAAGCUGAAUUUCGUAAAAAUAUUGCUAGACCUAUUUUACAAGCUCAGAAAAUUGUGGAAACAAUCGAUUAUAGUCACGGUUUGAAGAACACCGAUGGUAAUAAGAAGGAUGAAUUUGACGGUGAAAGAAGAUCAUCUCCACAUAGAGAUAAUUGGAGACGUUCUCCUACAAGAGACGAAUUUAGAAAUAUCCCUUACGAUAGAAGACCACCCGAUACAUUUGACCACGAACGACGUCGUUUUCCACCAAUUAGCAUGGACGAACGGAUGCGUAUGAGAGAACGUGGGUUGCCACCCCCAGGAAUGGAUCCUGAAAUGAUGCGGGAGCGAGGAUGGCCUCCUGGUCCCCCACCUUUUGAUAGAGAACGCCAGCGAUCGCCCGUUGAUCCUAACAGUUCGUUCGUGGUCGAAGAGGAUGUUGUAAGAGAAAGAGAGUCAAUGGAAAGACAUAGGAAAAUGUUGGAUCGUGAAAAAGAGUCCAUGGAACGAAGGCGUGACACAGCAAAUAAAAUUGCGGACUCAAGAGAGAGAGAAAUUGAGAGAAGUAAGAGAGAAAGAAGUUUAGAGAGAUUGCAAAAGAUGGAAAGAGAACUCAUGGAGAGAGAGAGAAUUUUAAAUGAAAGGGAACAACGCUUGAAGACUCCUCCAAGGAAGUCGAGGGACAGGAGAGAUCGAAAAGAAUGGAGAGCUGAAGGUCGGCCGUCUUCUCGCAGUCCACCAAGAAGACGUUUUGAAGAAGAGAGACCAAGAAGUGACCGACGUUUUCGCAGUAGAAGCCGAAGUAGAAGUCCAAACACAAAUCGCGGGAGAGAUCGAGAUCCGGGUAGACCAAGAGCACGUAGUCCUCCUAGAAAUGAUUCUCGACGAAGAGAUCCGGAUCGUGAUCGUGGAGGAAGGAAUGAAAGGAGGUCGAAAUCACCUGAUCGUCGUCCAACGGAAUUCAGAGAUCGCAGAAGAUUUACGAGUCCUUCUGGAGAUCCAGUUCGUACAAUGUCGCCUGCCAGGUUCAAACAAGCAUUGCCGAAGCCAAUGAAGAUUGAACCUGUAAUGAUUCGUGUUGAAGAUUUGUUAAAUGAUCCUGCGAGACAGCGACGUCCAAAACGAAUUGUCAUCAUUUUGCGAGGCUUGCCUGGUAGUGGAAAGACACACAUUGCAAAGUUAAUCAGGGAUCUUGAAACUACCAAAGGUGUCACUCCAAGAGUGCUUGGUCUCGAUGAUUAUUUCUUAGUCGAGAACGAAAAAUUUGAGAAGGAUUCUGAAACUGGGAGAAUAGUGAAACGAAAGGUUCAUGAAUAUGAAUACGAAGCUGCCAUGGAACCAUCGUACAGAGAUAGUUUGUUAAAAUCUUUUAAAAAGACCCUUGAAGAUGGAUAUUUCAAUUUUGUUAUUGUUGAUAGUAUCAAUGAUAAAGUUUCACAUUUUUCUGAAUUCUGGACAGCAGCAAAGAAAGCUGUUUUUGAGGUUUAUGUUGCUGAACUGCUUGCUGAUGUUCAUGUUUGUGCAAAACGAAACAUUCACAAACGUCGACUAGAUGAAAUCCAAAAACUAGCGUUCGACUGGGAAGAAACUCCUUCACAUAUGAUUCGACUCGAUGUCAGACAGAUGUUACAGGAUUCCGAGAUACAAGAGGUUGAGAUGGGCGAUGUAUCUGAUGAAGAAAAAAGUGGAGACUUGAAGAAAAACAAACUAACACCGGAACAGCUGGCGGGAGUUCCUCAAAGCAAAUGGGAGCUCAUGGAAACAAAUGAACGCUUAGAUAAACUGGAUGGUAUAAAGAAGAAAAAGCCGACUUCCAGCCAACAGCAUAUGGCAGACUUCCUCAGCGUCACAGACGAUUAUGUUCAACGAACUGCAGCUCCUGGGAAGAAAAGGGUUCGUUGGGCAGAUAUUGAAGAGAAAAGUGCCCAACGCAGGAUGAGAGAAGUUGGAUUUGUUGUAGGGAACACUGACUGGAGCCGUAUGAUGGAUGGUGAUUCCCAUGCUAAUCAAGCCUUGAAUCGAACCAAAUUUAUAUGAAAUCAUGGUUAUUAGUGUUCACAUUGAUUAGUUUUAAAGCAGUAAUAUGAGGAAAACAGUAACUUGGCGUUCUUAUCAAGUAAACAUUGUCAUGAUGAUCUGUAAAUUUUUUUCAUGUUUUUAUUGUAGCUGUGCUUUAAAUAAAGUUGAAUAGCGUCAGUGUA